AUGGCUGAUGAACAGGAGAUUCGGCAAUUGGAAUUACUUUGUAAGCAAUUGUAUGAAUCCCAAGAUACAAUAAUUCGAGGCGAUGCAGAAAAGUCCCUUGUGGUAUUUCAAGACGGUCCUGAUGCUCUUACGAAAUGUCAAGUUCUUUUGGACAGAGGCGACUCGUGCUACGCACAACUUUUAGCCGCUACCACCUUGACCAAGCUGGUCUCGAGAAGUGCUCAGGCUUUGAGUUUGCAGCAAAGGGUCGAUAUUCGAAAUUACAUACUAAAUUAUCUAGCUACAAGACCAAAACUACCAAAUUUUGUUGUUCAGGCCCUAGUCACUUUAUUUGCAAGAAUAACAAAACUAGGAUGGUGCGACACUCACAAGGACGAUUAUGUUUUCAGAAAUGUUGUUUCCCACAUUGGAAAGUUCCUACAGGGUUCGGUCGAGCACUGCAUGAUAGGCGUGCAGCUGCUGUCUCAGCUGACCUGCGAAAUGAAUCAAAUCUCGGAAGUCGAAGCCAACCGAUCGUUGACGAAGCAUCGAAAGAUCGCGUCGUCGUUCCGCGACAUGCAACUGUUCGAGAUUUUCCGUUUGUCCUGCACCCUGCUGGGGAACGCCCGCGAAAACUGCAAAAACCUCAACUUCAGCGACGAAAGUCAACACGGUUUGAUGACGCAGUUGCUUAGGCUCGCCCAAAAUUGCCUCACGUUCGACUUCAUAGGUACCUCGACGGACGAAUCGUCCGACGACUUGUGCACCGUGCAAAUCCCGACCAGCUGGCGCCCGGCCUUCCUCGACUUCACCACCCUCGAGCUCUUCUUCGAUCUCUACCACUCGCUACCCAACACCCUGUCUUCGCUGGCGCUCUCUUGCCUGGUGCAGAUCGCGUCGGUGAGGCGCAGCCUGUUCAGCAACGCGGAGCGCGCCAAGUUCCUCACGCACCUCGUCAACGGCGUCAAGCACAUCCUGCAGAACCCGCAGGGUCUGAGCGACCCGGCCAACUACCACGAGUUCUGCCGGCUGCUCGCGCGGCUCAAGAGCAACUACCAGCUCGGCGAGCUGGUCGUCGUCGACAACUACCCCGAGACGAUACAGGUGCUGGCCAAGUUCACCGUUCAAAGUUUACAACAGAUGUGGCAGUUCGCGCCCAACAGCGUGCACUACCUGCUGUCGCUGUGGCAGCGCAUGGUGGCCUCGGUUCCCUACGUGAAGGCCACCGAGCCGCACCUGCUCGAGACGUACACGCCCGAGGUGACGAACGCCUACAUCACCUCUCGGCUCGAGAGCGUCACGAUGGUGGUGCGCGACGGCAUGGAGGACCCGCUCGACGACCUCGGCAUGGUGCAGCAGCAGCUCGAGCAGAUGUCCGUCAUCGGCCGCUGCGAGUACCAGAAGACGUGCACGCUGCUCGUGCAGCUGUUCGACCGGACGGCCGGCGGAUACACGGAGCUGAUGGCCGCCGGCGCCGCCUCCCCCAUCGAGGUCACCAUACACGAAGGUCAGCUGACGUGGCUGGUGUACAUAAUCGGCUCGGCGAUCGGCGGCCGCGUCUCGUUCAACAGCAACGAGGACCACGACGCGAUGGACGGCGAGCUGCUCUGCAGGGUGCUGCAGCUGAUGAACCUGACGGACGCGCGGCUCGCGCAAGGCGGCUGCGAGAAGCUCGAGCUCUCGAUGCUCAGCUUCUUCGAGCAGUUCCGCAAGAUCUACGUCGGCGACCAGGUGCAGAAGAACUCGAAGGUGUACCGAAGGCUGAGCGAGGUUCUCGGGCUCAACGACGAGCCCACGGUACUGAGCGUCUUCAUCAGGAAAAUUAUCACGAAUUUGAAGUACUGGGGUCGCAGCGAGCCGGUGAUAAGCAAAACGUUGCAGCUGCUCAACGAUCUUUCGGUAGGCUACAGCUGCGUGCGCAAGCUGGUGAAGCUGGACGAAGUGCAGUUCAUGCUCAACAACCACACCAGCGAGCAUUUUCCGUUCCUGGGAAAUUCGGUUCCCGUCACGGAAAUGCGGCUGCGAUCCAUGUUUUACACUUCGCUGGGACGACUUCUUAUGGUCGAUUUAGGCGAGGACGAGGACCGAUUUCACACUUUCAUGUUGCCAUUGACAGCCGCAUUUGAAAGCAUAGGAACGGCCCUGGCGGCGGCGGACAGCCCCCUAUUCGCCAGCGAAGAAACUAAAAAGGCUCUGAUUGGCUUAGCCAGGGAUCUGAGGGGUCUGGCUUUCUCGUUCAACAUGAAAACAUCGUACAUGAUGCUCUUCGAUUGGGUGUAUCCGAACUACACGCCCAUACUUCUUCGAGCGGUGGAGCUCUGGUACCACGACCCCCACGUGACCACGCCCAUACUCAGACUGUUCGCCGAGCUGGUGCAAAACAGGUCGCAACGGUUGCAGUUCGACGUGUCCUCGCCCAACGGAAUUUUACUUUUCAGGGAGGCUAGCAAAAUACUUAGCAGUUACGGCAGUAGAAUAUUGAAUGUGGAGGUGGCAAAGGAGCAAACUUACCCAAUGAAACUGAAGGGCAUCUCGAUAUGCUUCUCCAUGCUGAAAGCAGCGCUGUGCGGCAGUUACGUGAACUUCGGAGUUUUUAGACUGUACGGAGAUGAAGCUUUAGAUAACGCGCUGAACAUUUUUGUGAAGCUGCUUUUAUCGAUUCCACAACCCGAUUUACUGGACUACCCGAAGCUUUCGGUGUCGUAUUACGCGCUUCUUGAGUGCCUUGCGCAAGACCACAUGGCUUAUCUGUCGACGCUGGAGCCUCGCGUGUUCCUCUACAUCCUGGCCUCGAUAUCGGAAGGGCUGACAGCGCUAGAUACUAUGAUUUGUACUGGCUGUUGCACUACUUUGGAUCACAUUGUUACCUUUAUUUUUAAACAGUUAACACAAAAGGUUUACCCGGGCAAAGAGCAACGCGCAGGGGUGCCGCCGAGCAGCGACAUGUUCCUGAAGGUGCUCGAGAUGCACCCGGAGAUCCUGCAGCAGAUCCUCAGCACCGUGUUGAACGUGAUCAUGUUCGAGGACUGCCGCAACCAGUGGUCGAUGUCGCGGCCCCUGCUCGGGCUCAUCCUUCUCAACGAGGACUACUUCGGGCGCAUGCGCGAGAGCAUAGUGGCCGGCCAGCCGCCCGACAAGCAGGCCGCGAUGGCGCAGUGGUUCGAGAACCUGAUGGACGGCAUCGAGAGGAACCUGCUCACCAAAAAUCGCGACAGAUUCACGCAAAACUUGUCGAUGUUCAGGAGAGACAUAAACGAUUCACUUAAAGGACCCAAUGUAAAUACAUCAACUGUUAGUGAUAUGAUGACGUCAUAG